UUUGGCGACAAAUUCGACGUAGUCGGCUGUAUCAUUGAUCUCGACGCGGCAGAAAUCUCCUUCACCAAAAACGGCAACCAUCUGGGGGCUGCAUUUCAACUGCCUCGCCCUCUAGCCGAUCAGAACCUCUUUUUUCCCUGUGUGUGCAUCAAAAACGCCGGACUGUCGGUUAAGUUCAACGACGCAAACCAGGCCGCCCCGGCUGGCUGCCAGUGGGUGGGCCAACUAGCCUCUGAUCAGUUUGUGGUCAACUCACUAUCGGCGGGCAACCAACAGCAGACAGCUGGCAACGACAACGCACCCAAAGCUGUCAUCCUCGAGCCAAGUCGUGAGUUGGCCGAGCAGACGCACCGCUGCAUUGAAGGCUUUAAGAGGCACCUGAGCGGCGAAAUUCGGCAGUGCCUGGCGGUGGGUGGCACCAGCGUCAAGGAGCACAUUGGGCAGCUGCAGGCGGGCGUGGACAUUGUGACGGGCACCAUUGGCCGCGUCAAUGAGCUAGUCAACUCGGGCCACCUGUCGCUGCGCUCCUGUCGCUUCUUUGUCAUCGACGAGGUGGACGCCUUCCUGGCGCAGGGCAGCAGUUCGAUGCUGCUGGCACUGCACGCCAAGAUACCGCGCAUGUUUGCCGACGGAAAGCGACUGCAGAUGAUUGUCUGCUCGGCGACGCUGCACAACUUUGAGGUGAAGAAGUUUGCCGAGAAGGUCAUGUUCUUUCCCACCUGGGUCGACCUAAAGGGCGAGGACUCGGUGCCGGACACGGUGCACCACGUCGUAGUGAGGGUGGACCCUCGCAAGGACACCUCCUGGAGGAGUCUGCAGACGCGCAUCACCACCGAUGGAGUUCACGAAAAGGACCGCUGGAAUGUUGAGGAUCCCAAUGCGGAGGGUCUCAGUGAAGCAAUAAAACUCCUCAAAGGCGAAUACGUGGUCAAGGCCAUCGACAAGCUGGCGAUUGACAAUGCCAUCAUCUUUUGCCGAACCAAGGUGGACUGUGAUAAUCUAGAGGCGUACUUUAACCACCUGAGCAAGGCGCGCAACAAGGACUACUCUUGCGUGUGUCUGCACGGCGACCGGUCGGCGCAGGAGCGCACCUCCAAUCUGGAGCAGUUCAAGACGAAGCAGUGCAACUUUCUCAUCUGCACUGACGUGGCCGCUCGCGGCAUCGACAUUACCGGCGUGCCCUUUCUCCUCCAGGUGACACUGCCCGACGACAAGGCCAACUACCUCCACCGAAUCGGCCGCGUCGGUCGGGCGGAGCGCAUGGGCCUGGCCAUCAGCUUCGUCUCGAACGUCCCCGAAAAGGUGUGGUUCCACGCAAACUGCAAGUCGCGCGGCAAGGGCUGCGCCAACACGCGCCUCGUCGACCAGGGCGGCUGCUGCAUCUGGUACAAUGAACUGCAACUGCUGGCGGACAUUGAGGAGCACCUGAACUGCGUCAUUGGCGAGGUGGACACCGAGUACAAGCUGGAGGUGAACCAGUUUGACGGAAAGGUGGUGUACGGCGCCAAGGCCACCGGCGCCGCCUACACCUACAAGGACCACGUCGCGGAGAUGGCCAGCGAGGUGAAGCAGCUGUACGACCUAGAGUCGAAGGCGCAGCAAAUGUACCUGCAGCUGUACACGUAG